AUGCUGAAGAAAAUUAUACCAAAGAAUGCACGUUCAAAAAGGGCAUUACAAAAACGGGAACCAAAAAUUGAAGAAAACGUAAAGAAAGCGAUAUUUAUUCGAAGUAGUUCGACAAGUCAAAUAGUUAAUGAAGCCUUAUCGGACCUAUGUAAAUUAAAAAAACCCGAUGCGAUAAAUUUUACAAAGAAGAAUAAUAUACAUCCAUUUGAUGAUGAUACUUCAUUAAAUUUUUUCUGUGAAAAAAAUGAUACCUCGUUAUUUGUAGUUGGUUCUCAUACAAAAAAACGUCCAAAUAAUUUAACGUUUAUUAGAAUGUUCGAUGGUCAGAUACUUGACAUGAUCGAAGUUGGUAUUGAAAAUGCUAAAUCAUUAAAAGAAUUCAAGACCUCAAAAUGUGCCAUAGGAAUGAAACCAUUAUUCUUAUUUAAUGGUGAUUUAUUUGAAAAUUCUCACGUACAUAAAACCUUUAAAAAUAUAUUAUUAGAUUUUUAUCGUGGUGAAGCCGUUAAAAAUAUUAAUUUAUCAGGAUUAGAACAUAUCAUUUCUGUUACGGCUAUUAAUUCUACUUUGGAACAAUCAAAUGAUUCUAGAGCCAUGCCAGGAUUAAUUUAUUUUAAA